GACAACUUCAUUUAAGAAAGUAAACUCUAAAUUUUAAACGUCAAAAAAUAAAAUGUCAAAUAAAAAUUGAUUCCAGAAUCGUCACUUGACUUGGAUUUAGGUAUAUGGCGUUUUUAACAUUUAUUCGCCGUAACCUGGUGAGCAUUACUUUUCCCGUUCUGACUGUAACCUUCAUUUACCUCGACUGGAGUCACACUAAGAAUUGGAAGCUACAGCAGAAGGCACAGAACUAAGAUGGCUGUCUUCGGUAUCACUUUGCGGUAUGUCUGGUUUGCUGUCCCGAUGGGAGGCUACUUUGUUGGCAAGUACUUGGACGAUCAAGAAACACUGAGGAUGACUAACUUCAGGGACAAGUCCAAGCUCUAUGGACCCAAGUACAAGGCCGGAGACCCACCAUCAUGGCCUUGAAGUAAUGCAUAUUAUUAUGUAGUAAUUAUGUUUCAGUUUAAUAAAAUAGUUUUAUUGAUUUAAUUUA